AUGGCGACGGCCGAAGCAGCGUCGAGGCCCCAUGAUCGCCAUACGACGCGCAAGCGCCCCUUUGCCGGCUGGAUGAAGCGCCUUGCCAACCUCAAGCCCUCGUCGUCCGAUGCCCCCGGCAAGAAGAGCACUACCACCAAGAAAGCCCUGACCAAGAACAACCCCUACCCCCAGUCUGGCUACAUGACUACUAGCACAAAUGCGCCCGACGACAGCAUCUCCGUCUCCACCGCUGCCACCCCACGCUCUAAUGCUAGCUGUACAUCGGUCGAGGAGACGGCGGCGGAGCGGCCACAGCGCGUGGAGAAGAGUAACAAGUCCACCGCACCCACCGUUGCAACGCUCCCCGAGACGCUCAACUCGACACGCUCAAAGGCGGAGACUGGCGGCAGCAACUUUGUCGCUGGGGGCAGCACAUUUUCCUCGCCCCACGGCUCAGAGCACUCCCUCACUACCACUCUGACAACCAUACAAUCUACCGCACCCUCCAACGUCCUCAACAUUGGCCAAGCACAGCAGCAGAACAACGCAAACAACUCCCUCGCCACGCCUGUUCACUUCUCCCACCAGUUCCCCACAUCUCCUCCGCCCUCGGCCAUACCCCCACACAUGGCGGUCCAGCAGCAGCCUAAUUCCUACCAAGGCGCCACCGCCAACAACAUUCUGACCGACAACGCUUCGAUCCUGACCCUGGCCUCCUCGUCGAAGCGCCGCCGUCGCAACUCCGUAGACACCAACGCCUCAAUGCGCGCGUUAGCACCCUCGUCACAUUAUGGUGGUAGUCGCGAGUCGCUCCCGCUAAGCGUCCUAUCCGCCAACCCCGAAACCAUCUACUCGCCCUCGAACCGCCCCAACAACGUCGGUGCUUUUGUCAACGCAGAGCGCGCAAGUGUAUACUCGGCCUCUGGAGUUACCGCACCCGCCUUUUCCACCGACCGCAACAGCUACUACGCAAACAAGCAGGCAGACGGCCUCAGCGUCCGCAGCGGACUCCUUGGCCACGGCCGCACUGAUAGUAUCAGCAGCAUGCGCGCUACGCCCACGAGUCCCCUAGCAAGCCCCCGCGAUCCCGUCGGUCCCGGUAGAAUCAGCCGCAAGAGCUCCGAGUGGAAGGAGGCGAGGGAGGCGAGUGAUGAAGAUGAGGUUCCUGCGAGUCCGAUUGUAGAGGAGCAUGAGGAAAAGGCCAAUACUCAGUCUAAGUCAGAUCCCCGGACUUGA